AUGCCACCGCCUCCCUCAGAGCAGCAUGAGGAUUCUGGAAUUAUACUUUAUGCAGAAGGGGCCCUGGAUCGUUUGCCAGGGGGCCCAGCUUCAGCUGGGGGCCCCCAGGGGCCCCCGGGUUCCGGCAUACCGCCCCCACCUUUUUUGAAGCCUUUUACUGCCUCUCCCUUUGUCUUAAAGGCAAGGCCUGGAUUCUUUGUUCCUGCUCAAAAACUCGCACCUGCAAACAUGUAUAUGGAGGACUACUGGGAGAAACAGCAGCAACUGAUGCAGCAGCAGCUGCAGCAGCAGCUGCAGCAGCAACUGCAGCUGCAGCAGCAGCAGCCGCUGCAGCAGCAAAAGCAGCUGCAGCAGCAUCAGCCGCUGCAGCAGCAAAAGCAGCUGCUGCUGCUGCAGCAGCGACAACAGCAGCAGCAGCGGCAGCAGCAGCAUCAGCUGUUGCUGCAACAGCAGCUGCUGGAGCAGCAGCGGCAGCAGCUGCUGCAGCUUUCUGGUGAACACAACGACAAUCAGGAGCCCCCGGAAGCCACCACCUCUUCCCCUCAAGCUAUAGAUCCGAGGACAGAGGAGGAUUUGGAUUCACACGACUGCGGCGUCUGGAUGUACGGGAGAUGCAGUCUUUGCCUCGCUCGUGGAAAGCUGAGCCCUUCGUGUCCAAAGGCGAGUGGAUAUACAGCACCUGCAGCAGCAGCAGAUGCAGCAUCAGCAUCACAAGCAGCGGCAGCAGCAGCAGCAAAACUGUCGGCAUCUUCACAUGCUGUUGCAACAGCAGCCCCCGCUACACUCCAUGCAUUGCCGACGAAAGAACACAGAAAGAAGUUGAAUAACGAUAGAAGAGAUAAAGAAAAAACAAAGACAGAAAGACGGCAUGCUCAUAAGACACCCAACUGCUUUUCUAUCUAUUCAGACGACGACGGACCCCAGGGGGGCCACCGCAUGGGGGCCCCUAUAGAAGCCCCCAUGCAGCGUGAAGAGAAACAGUGGUGGAAAAGACAGAGAAGAGGUGCUGUUGUAGCCAAUGAUGCACGCCGAGGAAGACGCAGGAGCAGCAGCAGCAGCAGCAGCAGCAGCAGUGGCAGCAGAAGCAGCCGCAACAACAACAGGAGCAGCCUGGAACGGCACAGUCGUCUGCACCAGCACCAAAAGGGAAGGCACCUAUAUUCAAUCACCCGGGACAGAAAACACGAGAGGAUGAGGGGAAGGAUCGACCCCCCAGUGGACAGUUUGGUGACAAAGAUGGAAGAAAUGGAGACAGAGGAUUUAAAAGAGAUUCUCUUGAGAAUGCUUGACUGUAGAAGACUUGAGACCCAAAUAGAAGUUCAAAUGCGCCAGCUUCACCUCUGUGACUCCCUCCUUAAACAGCUCCCGUCUGCUUCUUCUCCAGUUUCUUCUUCUAAGUCUAAGGAGGCCCUCUUGGGGGCCCUGGAGGGGGCCCCCUUGGAAGAUGUCUCUUUUCCUGCAGAUGCUUCUCUAUUGCAGCAUCUGCAGCAAAUAUACGCCUCAGCUGGGGCCCCUCUCCACCGCGACUCGAAGCUAAACCCAUUAACAGCAGACGAAGAAGACGAACUCUCCUUCCUGGAGGCAGCUCUCUGCGUGGGCCUACACCCCUGGAGGCAUCUCAUCAGCACUCAGCAAGGGGAGGCCCCUCCGGCAAGCCAAGAGGCUUUACCCGCUGAGCAGGCAAAGAAGGAACCCGUACCCUCUAAAAAGGGGGCCCCCUUGUCAAAGCAAGGGGUAUUAGAUACUAAGGAGGAGAAUGCUCCCCCGAAGAAGGGGGACGCAACUGUCAAGCAAGGGCCCCUGCUGCAGAAGCAACAGGCUCCAGCCUCGACGAAAGGGCCCCUGGCUUCGAAACAGGAAACAAUAACCGCUAAACAGGGGCCUCUACCUCCUAAAGGGGGCCCCUUACCCCUUAAACAGGGCUCUCUACCGUCCAAAGAGGGGUCUCUACCCCUUAAGCAGGAGCCUCUACCCCUUAAAGAGGGGCCCGUACCCGCUAAGCAAGCUCCCCUACCCGUUAAACAGGGGAUCCUACCCGUUAAGCAAGGUCCCCUACCCGUUAAGCAAGGGCCCUUACCCGUUAAGCAGGGGCCCCUGCCCCUUAAGCAGGGGCCCCUACCCCUUAAGCAGGGGCCCUUACCCCUUGUAAAAACACCUCUAGCCGUUAAAACGGGGCUGUUGGCCCCGAAAAAGCCACUCUUACCUCUUAAGAAAGGGGCCCCUGCUAGCUAA